AUGAAUCUGGCAAAUUAUUCUUACUUCUCUGGCAUGUGCAACAUGACCGCAGAGACGCAGCACUCGCCCGCCGAGGCAAGUCCUGUAGUCAUGUCUCCAAAUGUGAGUCUGGACUCGCCGCUGCCUCCGCCGCCUCUGAUGCUGCAGGCCCGCUCCAAGGACAAUGUUUUGAUCAAGUCGGAGCCCCGGGGGGGCAGCCCGAGCACUGAGGAUGGAGCCGCUCUGGGGCAGACCGAGGAGCACCUGCCCACCGGGAGCCGCCGCAGGAAGAGGCCCGUCCAGAGGGGGAAACCUCCCUACAGCUACAUCGCCCUCAUCGCCAUGGCCAUUGCAAACUCCCCGGAGAGAAAGCUCACACUUGGGGGUAUUUAUAAGUUCAUCAUGGAGCGUUUUCCUUUCUACAGGGAGAACUCCAAGAAGUGGCAAAACUCCAUCCGCCACAAUCUCACCCUCAACGACUGUUUUGUGAAGAUCCCCCGGGAGCCCGGCAGACCUGGUAAAGGCAACUACUGGACUUUAGAUCCAGCUGCCGAGGACAUGUUUGACAACGGGAGCUUUCUGAGAAGGAGGAAAAGGUUCAAGCGCACAGAUGUGAGCACAUACCCGGGGUACAUGCAGAGCUCCAGCGCGUUCACGCCGACCCCAAUGGGAAGGCCAACAUACCCGAACACGCUUUACGCAGGGAUAGGCUCCGGUUAUGGCUCCCAGCUGACUGCAACAUCCCCGCAUCCGGCCAUGCUGCAUCACUACCAGACCUCCGGCCAAGGACAGCCGCGCAUGUUUAGCAUCGACAACAUCAUCAGCCAGCAGACGGUGGUGCAGAGCGGCCCGGGAGGAGACAUCAACUCCCAAGCGCUGGGGCUGGGCGGAGGUGACCUGGGCACCAUGACCUCCAGCUGCUCGGUCACCGGCACAGACCCGUCUGCGUGCUUCCAGAGCCAGACUGUCAACCCCUCUGCGAACAUGCUGAGCAGAAACAGCGGGAAUCUGUCAUCCAACCUGGCCGCCGGGUAUCCGUACUCCUCCUCGGCCUCUCCUCCGAACCUGCCCUCCAUGACCCAGUCCGGGUUCUCUCCGGGGAGCUCUCAAGUGUACUGCACCGGGAACAGGCUGUCCCUGCCGGCCCUGCGCCCCGGCUCCUGCGCCGAGCACACGGAGCAGCUGCUGGGCCUCUCCAGCCCCAUGAACUCCUACAACAACACCUACAUGAGACAAGCCAACUUUGCGUCUGGACUAGAGCGGUAUAUGUGA